UAGCAAAGGAGCUGAUCUAUCAUUAUUGGAUGAUGACGGAGACAACAUCCUCCAUAUGGCCUGUAUUGAAGGACAUGUGGACAUAGUGAAGUAUGUCCUCUCACAGAAGGUUGCAGGCAUCAACAGUAGGGGUGAGUGCGGGAGCACACCUUUGAUGAUGGCAGCAGCGAAGGGACACAGAGAUGUGUUUGACUUACUUGUAAGCAAAGGAGCUGAUGUAUCAUUAGUGGAUGAUGACGGAGACAACAACCUUCAUGUGGCCUGUAUUGGAGGACAUGUGGACAUGGUGAAGUAUGUCCUCUCACAGAAGGUUGCAGACAUCAACAGUAGGGGUCAGUACGGGAGGACACCCGUGAUGCUGGCGGCAAAUAUGGGACACAGAGAAGUGUUUGACUUACUUGUAAGAGAAGGAGCUGAUGUAUCAUAAGUGGAUUAUGACAAAGACAACAUCCUUCAUGUGACCUGUAUUGGAGGACAUGUUGACAUAGUGAAGUAUGUCCUCUCACAGAAGGUUGCAGAUAUCAACAGUAGGAAUCGGUAUGGGAGCACCCCUGUGAUGAUUGCAGCAAAUAUGGGACACAGGGAAGUGUUUGACUUACUUGUGAGAGAAGGAGCUAAUAUAUCAUUAGUGAAUGAUGACAGAGACAACAUCCUUCAUGUGGCCUGUAUUGGAGGACAUGUUGACAUAGUGAAAUAUGUCCUCUCACAGAAGGUUCCAGAUAUCAACAGUAGGGGUCAGUACGGGAGCACACCUGUAAUGAUGGCAGCAGCGAAGGGACACAGAGAAGUUUUUGACUUACCUGUGAGAGAAGGAGCUGAUGUAUCAUUAGUGGAUGGUGACGGUAACAACAUCAUCCAUAUAGCUGGUAUUGGAGGAUAUGUUGACAUGGUGAAGUAUGUCCUCUUACAGAAGGUUGUAGACACCAACAGUAGGGGUCACUGCGGAAGAACACCUGUGAUGAUGGCAGCAAAUAUUCAAAUUCUUUAUUCGCAGAGUGUAUGUAGGCCAUCGGCCCAUAAUACAAAUAUUAAAUGUUUCCAGCCAUAUAUGAUUGGCGGUGCUGUACAGCAUAAUAAACAAACAUUGCUACAUUUCUGAUGGCAAAGGUAUUGUUUGAGGCCAUCAAUGUAUUGUAAUUUGACAAGGAAGGGUAUGUGUAAACCGUGGCAGGAAUAUAUAUAGUGUGCAAGGAGCUGUAUGCAGUACACACUAAAAGGAAAUGAUACUCGUUUUCUACAUAUCCAUUGUCGCACAUGUUACAUAACCUGUGAUGUCUGGGCUUAUUUGUGUAUCUACCUGUCUCAAUAUUUAAUUGAUGGGAACCACAUUUGUAACACUUUUGAAUAAAAAAUCCUGAAGAAAA